AAGGCAUUUAGGCAGGCAGGAAAUCUGAAAGUACAUGAAAGAAUACACGCUGGUGAGAAGCCAUUUAAGUGCAAGCAUUGUGUCAAGGCGUUUAGCCAAGCAGGAGAUCUGAAAAGACAUNUGUUGCAAACUUCACAGCUUUUUGCACAUUAUGUCAGCCUCGUUGAAUUGUGGUUCUUUUGAUAGGCAUGUUGGGACAGAUUAUUAUUCUAGGGCACCAAAAACAGUUUUGAAAGGUUUUCGAAAUGUAAAGUUUCUAAAGGGCUGUCACUGUAACUUCACUUUCCUUAGUAUAUGCAUUUAAUAGGCGGGAAUUGAACAAACAGGAAGUGUUUUUUGUCUAUUUUCUUGCUGGUAUUAGCUAAGGAAAUACCCGGACCCCGGCUGUUAGUAACAGUGCUGCUUUCAUAGUCUGAAGAUGAAUAUAAUAUUUCUUUUGUAGCUAAAAUUUUUAAAGGAAUUAGUAGCAGCUUUAAUGUAUAUUUGACUAUUAUAGAAGAAAAAGGUUGUGUUUGCACCCACACCCACAGGUAAGAAGGCAUUUAGGCAGGCAGGAAAUCUGAAAGUACAUGAAAGAAUACACGCUGGUGAGAAGCCAUUUAAGUGCAAGCAUUGUGUCAAGGCGUUUAGCCAAGCAGGAGAUCUGAAAAGACAUGAAAGAACACACAGUGGUGAGAAGUCUUUUAAGUGCAAGCAAUGUAACAAGGCCUUUAGCCUGGCAGGAAAUCUAAAAGUACAUGAAAGAACACACAGUGGUAAGAAACCGUUUAAUUGCAAUCAUUGUGUCAAGGCGUUUAGCCAAGCAGGACAUCUGAAAAGUCAUGAAAGAACACACAGUGGUGAGAAGCCUUUUAAGUGCAAGAAAUGUAACAAGGCCUUUAGCCAGUCAGGAAAUCUGAAAGAACAUGAAAGAAAACACACUGGUGAGAAGCAUUUUAAGUGCAAACAUUGUGUCAAGGCGUUUAGCCAAGCAGGAGGUCUGAAAAGACAUGAAAGAACACACAGUGGUGAGAAGCCUUUUAAGUGCAAGAAAUGUAACAAGGCCUUUAGCCAGGCAGGAAAUCUGAAAGAACAUGAAAGAAAACACACUGGUGAGAAGCCAUUUAAGUGCAACCAUUGUGUCAAGGCGUUUAGCCAAGCAGGAGGUCUGAAAAGACAUGAAAGAACACACAGUGGUGAGAAGCCUUUUAAGUGCAAGCAAUGUAACAAGGCCUUUAGCCAGGCAGGACAUCUGAAAGCACAUGAAAGAAUACACACUGGUGAGAAGCCAUUUCAGUGCAAGCACUGUAACAAGGCCUUUAGCGAGGCAGGAAACCUGAAAAAACAUGAAAGAAUACACACUGGUGAAAAACCUUUCAGGUGCAAGCAGUGUAACAAGGCCUGUCGUUGGAGGACAUCUCUUAAAGUACACGAAGAAAGACACCGUUGUUGGAUUUGUCUUAGGAUGAUUAAGACCAAGCCGCUGCUUCGUCAACAUUAUGAUGACCAUAUGAGGUUACUAGACCUAACGUCGUAA